AGUCCCGGCGGUUAACCGUGGACGCGAAAGGUAAGAAGGAUGGUCGCUGCUAUAAAUAGCGGUUGCCCCCAUGUUUCGGCUUCUAGAGUUCACACUUUGAGUCUUGGAAGGAAAACAACUUAUUUUUUCUUGUUCUCCUUAACGAUUGUUUAGGGUUUCUUUCUCUGUAUUUAUUGCCUGCCAUUUUUGACGAAGAGAGGUUUUGGAGCAUUGUUUAUCUGCCAUUGAAGUUUUUUUUUUUGGGGAUUUUUCGGGUUUUUUUUUGCACGAUUCUUUUGCGAAGUAGGGGUGAUUAUUCUCUGUCCUCGGUUAUCUGCAUCUGAGGUUUCUAGGGUUUCGAGCCUUUACUUGGCCGAAACACGGGGCGAUUCUUCUUAAUUCUAUUGGAGAAGUAUAGAUUCUAGCGUUUUCGUGCCAUUGUUGUUGACUAAAAGCUCAAGAAAGCUCUCUAAAUAGUCCAAGAUCUGAAGGCUUCUAUUGCUUGAAGAAACUCUCUCUUCUGAAAAGAAAAUCAAGGAAAACUUAAAAAACAGAGGAUCUGAAUUUCUUUCCCUGCUAUCAUCACUCGAAAAGGACUGAAUUUUGGUGAGAAGGCGUUUUCUUUUGAGGUGUUACUGAAUCAUGGUAGUGGGAGCAGAGGUAUGCCACCGGAACAUUCCGGUGUUGGAUGUUCAGUUCAAUAGAUGCAUCACUAAGGGAAACAAUAUUCAAAAGAUAGAAGAGAUGGUUGAAAUAUCUUCUCCUAAACCUGUUCUUCGAGGGAUUCACACAUCUGCUACUGUCUCUGUUGAGGCUUCCCUUGCCGAACUGGAUCUAAGAGAUUGCAACUCCAUCUCAGAUACCUCUGUUGACAUGGGUGUCCUGCAAUUCAUCCCAACCAUCCGAUCUGGUAGCUUUUCAGACAUCGGACCAGUAAGAUGCAUGGAAGACGAACACAUCAGGAUCGAUGAUCUUGCUAUGCACUUGGGUUCGAUGUUUAGGUGUCCCAUGCCAAGUGCCUUCUAUGGGGUGUUUGAUGGGCAUGGAGGUCCUGAUGCUUCUGCUUUUAUGAGGAAGAAUGCCCUGAGAUUCUUCUUCCAUGACACUGAUUUUCCACAGGCGCUUGUGGCUGAUGACACAUUCAUAGAGGGAAUGGAGAAUUCUGUUCGGGAAGCCUUCCUUACUGCAGACCUUGCCUUGGGCAGUGACUGUAGCAUCAGUAGUUCUUCGGGGACAACUGUCCUGACUGCUCUCAUUUUUGGAAGGCUCCUGCUGGUUGCAAAUGCAGGCGACUGCCGGGCUGUCCUCUGUCGCAAAGGGGAGGCUGUGGAUAUGUCGCAUGACCACAAGCCCCUCUCCCCUUCUGAGCGGCAGCGUGUGGAGUCAUGCAAUGCCUCUGUCGAUGACGGUGGGUACCUGAAUGGCCUCCUUGGCGUGACACGGGCCCUCGGUGACUGGGACAUCAAGGGCAGUCCAACAGCAGCCUCCACUUCGCCACUCAUCGCCGAGCCCGAGUUUAGGCGCACAUUACUCAGCGAGGAUGAUGAGUUCUUGAUAAUGGGAUGCGAUGGAAUAUGGGAUGUGAUGACAAGUGAGAAAGCAGUUGGAAUUGUGCGGCGAGGGCUAAGGAGGCAUAAUGAUCCCGAGAGGUGCGCGAGGGAAUUGGUGAUGGAGGCGUUGAGAUUGCAUACAUUUGAUAAUCUCACUGUUAUUGUGGUUUGCUUCUCUUCACCUUCUUCGAUAGGGCCAGGGGCAUCCUCUUUUUGUGAGCAUAGUAGGCCAAGGUUGCUCUGCUCAUUGUCACCUGAGGCUCUUAGGAAACUUAGAUCGUUGCUUUGUGAUCAGUGAUGUGAUGAAGCUGCUCUGCAGCACACCCCCAUCCCUCUCUCUCCCUUCCUCUGCUUGCUGCUGCUGAGGUUGUUUUGUAUGUGAAUUUCGAUACCCGGCAUGAAUUUCCUUGUGAUGCCCCGUCUCUCUCUUACCGGCAGUUCGGUGGCAGCUAUCAGGCGCGGCGCCAUCUCUUUCUGUAUCUAAUCUAGCUGCUGUUGACAUGGGUUCAUCUUGAAAUGGCCGUCCAUCUCUUUCUCUGCCUCUCUAAAGGCCCCUUGGUUGGUGAGCAUCACCUGGGGGUUGGUUUUCUAAAUGAGGGGAACUCUGUUUUGUGGCUGUUUCAGGGGCAUUCAAAAAACAGCCAGCAGUUUUGUAGGGGUGUUGAGUUGUAUUACUUCUUUUUAUUUUUAUUAUUAUUAUUUGCUUUUGUUGUGUGAAUGUACAUAGAUAGUACCAAUGCCCUUUUGUAUUUAUUAGUGAAUUCAUUUAGGGAGGGAUGAGGCGUUUUAGGAAGCUUGGUGUUUUGCUGUACUCUGGUUUCACGUGUAUAUAAAAAUGUUUAAUUCAUUUGCGGCA